CUCGGUGGCGGCGGAGGCGGCGGAGGCCAGGGAGGAAGAUGUCGUAAUGAGCGUUCCACAGAUGAGCAUGGCUGCCACCGCUGCUGUCAGUCCCAGUGACUACCUGCAGCCUGCUGCCGCUACUACCCAGGACUCCCAGCCGUCUCCCUUGGCCCUGCUUGCUGCGACUUGUAGCAAAAUUGGUCCCCCAGCUGUUGAAGCUGCAGUGACGCCUCCUGCUCCCCCCCCGCCCACCCCACGGAAACUGGUCCCUAUCAAACCCGCCCCUCUCCCGCUCAGUCCUGGCAAGAAUAGCUUUGGCAUCUUGUCAUCUAAAGGAAAUAUACUUCAGAUCCAAGGCUCCCAGCUGAGUGCCUCCUAUCCAGGAGGGCAGUUGGUGUUUGCUAUCCAGAACCCCACCGUGAUCAACAAAGGGAGCCGAUCAAAUGCAAGUAUCCAGUACCAAGUCCCUCAGAUUCAAGGGAGCAGUUCGCAGGCCAUCCAGGUGCAGCCCAAUCUCACCAGCCAGAUCCAGAUCAUCCCAGGCACCAACCAAGCCAUCAUCACCCCAUCCCCAUCCGGCAACAAGCCCGUCCCCAUCAAGCCAGCCCCUGUGCAGAAGUUCAGCAUGACAACCACGCCCGUGCAGAGCGGGGCCAACAUGGUGAAGCUGUCAGGCGGGAGCGGCAACAUGACGCUCACGCUGCCGCUCAGCAACCUGGUGAACACCAGUGACGUCGGGGCCCCCGCUCAGCUCCUCACCGAGAGCCCCCCCACCCCAGUGUCUAAGACUAACAAAAAAGCCAGGAAGAAGAGCCUUCCGGUCUCACAGCCAUCGGUAGCCGUGGCGGAGCAGGUGGAGACAGUGCUGAUAGAGACCACGGCCGACAACAUCAUCCAGGCGGGAAACAACCUGCUGAUUGUCCAGAGCCCUGGUGGGGGCCAGCCAGCUGUGGUCCAGCAAGUCCAGGUGGUGCCACCCAAGGCCGAGCAGCAGCAGGUGGUGCAGAUUCCCCAGCAGGCACUGCGGGUGGUGCAGGCUGCCUCUGCCACCCUCCCCACCGUUCCCCAGAAGCCUUCCCAGAACUUUCAGAUCCAGACAACCGAACCAACACCAACCCAGGUCUACAUCCGUACACCUUCUGGUGAGGUACAGACAGUCCUCGUCCAGGACAGCCCCCCAGCCACAGCCUCGGCCACCUCGACCACCACCUGUAACAGCCCUGCACUCCGAGCUCCCCACCUGAGUAGCACCAGCAAAAAGCAUUCAGCUGCAAUCCUCCGAAAAGAGCGGCCCCUGCCAAAGAUCGCGCCUGCUGGGAGCAUCAUCAGCCUGAAUGCUGCACAGCUGGCAGCAGCUGCCCAGGCCAUGCAGACCAUCAACAUCAAUGGUGUCCAAGUCCAGGGUGUGCCUGUCACCAUCACCAACACUGGCGGGCAGCAGCAGCUGACGGUGCAGAACGUUUCUGGAAACAACCUGACUAUCAGUGGGCUGAGCCCCACCCAGAUCCAGCUGCAGAUGGAGCAGGCCCUAGCAGGGGAGGCCCAGCCUGGGGAGAAGCGGAGGCGAAUGGCCUGCACGUGUCCCAACUGCAAGGACGGGGAGAAGAGGUCCGGGGAGCAAGGCAAGAAGAAGCACGUGUGCCACAUCCCAGACUGCGGAAAGACUUUCCGGAAGACGUCCUUGCUUCGGGCCCACGUCCGCCUGCACACCGGCGAGCGGCCUUUUGUCUGCAACUGGUUCUUCUGUGGAAAGAGGUUCACCCGGAGCGAUGAACUCCAGCGGCAUGCCCGAACCCACACAGGGGACAAGCGCUUUGAGUGUGCCCAGUGUCAGAAGCGCUUCAUGAGGAGCGACCACCUCACCAAGCAUUACAAGACCCACCUAGUCACAAAGAACUUGUAAGGCCAACUGAGGCAGGAGGCCGUGAAGGUGGAACACCUCCCCCCCAUCUGAUUGGCCUGGGUCCAUGGUGGACAGGAGCCCACACUGCCCUGGGCGGCCCUCACCUGACUCCUGUCUGUGGCUGUGUUUCCACAGGAAGGGGCUCUACCCCCAUGCUCUCCUCCUCCCCAAGGCCCUUCCCUUCUCACCAUGAGCUCCUGGCCUGCCCAGGCUAUGGACACUGGCCAUGCCCAAUGAGACGUUCUAAACCAGGACGCAUGGGGACCCUUAUUUCCAAAGGAAAAACAUGCAUUUCACUCCGUCGAGGAGCAAAGUGAGCCCUGCCCCCCCCCCCCCCCCCCC